AUGGCAAAGUAUAAUGCAAAGGAACAAAGAUUCCUUGAUUAUUUGGUAUUGUUCUUUAUUACAUUACAUAUAACAUUAGGAUGCAUUGAAUUAUUUGUAUUGCCAAUUGGCGGUAAUUGCAAUGUAAUCAAUUGUCAUACAAAGGUCACUUGUAAUGGAAUGUUCUCUACAAUGUUUGGAUCUAUAAGAGAAUGCUAUACACCAGAGUUUGAUUUGAACCUCAACGUCUUUGGUAUGAAGCAAGUCAAGUCUGUCAACAAGUUCUACGAGGUCAAUGUCACCAAGUCCCAAUCGGAUACCUUUUGCAACAGUCGUCAACAAGUACCUUGCUAUACCUACUUGACCAAUCUAUGGAGCAAUGAUCCUCUCAACCUUUAUGUGAACAAAGUGGUCCAUCCAACAUUGAGCCGAGUAGUUGCCAAUUAUCAUCGUAUCUUUCCAGUUUUAAUACUGUUGGAUGUAGCAUUGGCAGGAAUAUGGUUAGCC